GGCUGAUUGCAGUGUCGGUGGCUGUGCGACUCUCCUUUGAAGACAGAGUACAGUUUUCUGGUAAAUUAUUGCUGCAGCCAUCGCUGAUUCUUUUCUGGAGUUUCUCCGAUCCCAUACAUCCUCAGUUAAUGCUGGAGAGCCCAGAUGACAUCUUUUGCUUCAAGUUCUGUCCGAGUGACCCUAAUAUCAUUGCUGGAGGCUGUAUCAAUGGGCAGAUUGUCAUGUGGGAUAUCACUGCACAUGCAGAUCGCAUAGAAAACAUUAAGUCGGGUGGUAGUAGAAGUAAAAAAGCCACACUCAAGCCUAUGUUUCUCCUUGAUCCAGAGAGUAAUAAAGAAGCGAUGUAUAUCAGACAUUGUGCAGUCUCUUCAAUAGAAAGUGGACAUAAGAAAGUAAUUACGGAUAUACACUGGCUGUCUGACACAUUUGAGAUUAACAGAAUGGGCUCGGUGUUUGAGAAUCGAAGUGGAAUAUGCUGUCAACUUGUUACAUGUUCAGCCGAUUG